CUAUCCCUCUCAACAUUAACUCCACCAUGAUAGGUGCUUAAGCACGUUGUGCUGAACUCUCGUUAUACCUCUUCUUCCAAGCGAACCGACAGUCUUUUCAGCAUGUCUUCGACACUCCUUAUACUCACAGCCUUGGCAGGCAUCACCCUAGCCCAAAGCACCACAGAAGCCAGCGUCACAUCCACGACAGUAGAUCUUCUCCUGGGAACGUUGACAUCAGGCUUCUCUGGCUCAGUCCAAACAGCAGCGCCUUGCGAGACAGUUUACUUGCUGACCUGUUCUGGUCAACCAAUAUGCUCCGAUCCGGUCACUCUCACUGCAACUCAAGGUCCACAACAUUACAUUUACAACUUCGAAAACUCUGUCAGCGAUUCGAAAGGCGAAGGCACAGUCACGGCAUCUCAGUCUUGCUCUUUGCAGAAUGCCAAAACAGCAGUGUGUAACCAGUACGAAUCCAUAUCAUUUGGAGGCAGGAGCUCGACGAUCCGGAGGCAGACCACCCUGUCGGGCGACGAUCUGGUCUAUGCCAACGUGGGAAUCACUGGUGGCUUGGAGAGAUUGGCCGAGGCGACGGAAGAAUGCAGCACAGCCACUGCAUUCCCAAGCAGGACGGGAGUCAGCGAAGGCGCUGCAAAGCCAACCAGUAUUAUCGAGGUUGUCAAGGUGGUUGUGCCUGUUGGCGUAGCAGUGGCUGGAAUUCUGCUGUGA